GUCACCUGCCGGAUAUAAGUAUAUAACUAUUAACUAACCGUGUUCCAGAAUCACCAUUUCCAAAUUCCAACGAUCAAUCGCCCCCAAAUUUCCUUUCUCUGUUGUAACCUACACACUCUUGAUUUUGCUCUCAUCUACUGGAGUUUAUUUUCUCCUGCUAGGAAGGAAACGAGAAUGGGAGCUUCACAGAGUCGCGAAGGUCUCGAACUCUCUGACGAAUCGGACUACGAUGAGGAGGAGGAGGAGGAGAGCGGAAGCGACGAGCAGUACGGAGACGCGGCGGGGGGUCCACCACCGGCGAGGACUCCUCCACAGGUCAGUCGUAAAACCCUAGACGAGGUUGAUGCAAAGUUGGAAGCUUUGAAGCUAAAAUACUCUUCAGCCGAACGAUCUAGCACUAGCAAAAACGCCGUCAAACUAUACUUACACGUCGGCGGUAACACGCCUAAAGCUAAAUGGGUUGUUAGCGAAAAGCUCACCAGCUACGAAUUUGUGAAAAGUUCGAAAAUUGGCUGCAAUGAAGAGGAGGAGGAGGAGGAGGAGGAGGGAUUUUGGGUUUUGAAGGUGGGGAAGAAGAUUUCCACUAGAGUUUCCACUAGUAUGCAGCUGAAGAUGUUUGGAGAGCAAAGGAGGGUUGAUUUCGUGGAUAAUGGAGUGUGGGCACUGAAAUUUUUAGCAGAUGAGGAGUACCGGAAUUUCAUCACCAAAUUCCAGGACUGUUUGUUUGAAAAUGUGUAUGGGAUGAGGGCAACGGAUGAGAACAAAAUUAAGAUUUAUGGAAAAGAGUUUAUUGGGUGGUUGAAGCCAGAGGAAGCAGAUGAUAUGAUGUGGGAGGAUGCUGAUGAAGGGAUUUGGGAGACUCCUGGGAAAACUCCAGUGAGGGAUAAUCAAGACUUAUUGGAGGAGUUUGAGGAAGCCUCAGCUGGUGGGGGGAUACAGAGCCUGGCCUUGGGGGCUUUGGACAAUAGCUUUCUUGUGGAUGAGUCAGGGGUUCAAGUUGUGAAGAAUUUCAGCCAUGGAAUCCAUGGAAAAGGUGUAUAUGUGAAGUUUGAAGAUAGAGGUAGGAGGGAUAGUGUGACACCCAAGAAGGCGCUUUUGAUGCGUGGCGAGACGAAUAUGAUGUUAAUGAGUCCUUUAAACCAAGGGAAGCCUCAUUCUACAGGCCUCCAUCAAUUAGACAUUGAGACUGGGAAAAUUGUUAGUGAGUGGAAGUUUGAGAAGGAUGGGACUGAGAUAACAAUGAGGGAUAUUACAAAUGAUACAAAGGGAUCUCAGUUGGAUCCUUCUGAAUCAACCUUCUUGGGACUGGAUGACUGUAGGCUUUGUCAAUGGGAUAUGCGUGAUAAGAAAGGAAUGGUGCAAACACUAGCUAAUACGAGUUCGCCCGUGUUGCAUUGGACACAGGGACACCAAUUUUCUAGGGGAACAAAUUUUCAAUGUUUUGCAUCUACAGGGGAUGGAUCCAUUGUUGUUGGGUCAAUCGAUGGAAAGAUUCGUUUGUAUUCUAAGACUUCAAUGAGACAGGCAAAGACUGCUUUUCCUGGGCUUGGUUCACCUAUUACUCAUGUGGAUGUUACCUAUGAUGGUAAGUGGAUUUUGGGAACAACAGAUACAUAUUUGAUCCUAAUAUGUACUUUGUUCACUGAUAAGGAUGGAAAAACAAAAACUGGUUUUUCUGGUCGGAUGGGGAAUAAAAUCCCAGCUCCAAGAUUAUUGAAGCUGACUCCUGUGGAUGCACAUAUGGCUGGACAAGAUAACAAGUUCCAUGGUGGACACUUCUCUUGGGUAACUGAAAGUGGAAAACAAGAGCGCCACUUGGUUGCAACAGUCGGUAAAUUUAGCGUGGUAUGGAAUUUCCAGCAGGUGAAAGAUAGCACCCAUGACUGCUAUAAGAACCAGCAAGGGCUCAAGAGUUGCUAUUGUUACAAGAUAGUAUUGAAGGAAGAAUCCAUCGUCGAGAGUCGGUUCAUGCACGAUAAAUUCGCAAUCAGCAACUCCCCAGAUGCUCCAUUGGUUGUGGCAACCCCUAUGAAGGUUACUUCCUUCAGCAUGCCUGGCAAGAAGUGAAAAUAGAUUGUUUGUUGUCUUGUGUAUUGAGUUUGGUGUGCUAUUUUAAUUUGUUUAUACUUGUAGGAUUUUUAGCUCCCUGUAAUCUGUAAUGGUCCCCUUCACCACCUCUGUGGAGGGACCCCAACCCCACCAUUAUUGUACACAUGACAGAAAUGUGAUUGGUUGUUUCAUGUUUGUUAAUUGUUGUUAGAUAUUUAUGGGCUUUAUUUAA